ACACAAUAUGCCAUAAAACUAGAAACGAUUAAUAGAUUUACUAACCUUCCUUGGAUUAUAUUAGACAUAACCCACAUUUGUUUAAAGUGUAAGAUUCAGAGAUCCGGCAAAAAUGAAUAAUACUCUGCGAUUAUACACGGCAUUACAAAACCGUAUCAGCCCAUUGUUAUUCCUACAAAACAACACCUUUCAUACAUCUGCAGCAUGUAGUAAGGUUCAAUCAGGCCGUUAUCGAAUCACACCAAAGAAAGACUUUCCCUUGACAUAUGAAAUGGCUAAUCCACCCUAUCAGAUAGCCCACAGAAAAUCGUGGAAUUCAUGGAACACAUCCAGUGUUGAAGGAGGACUUCGUACUUCAGAAAUGCUUGUUGAAGACAUGUUUAUAAGAAUGUUCAUGACUGGUACAUGGCAUGCUCUAAUAGUAAGUGAAGUUAUAAUUAAAAGGCAACAUAAUAUUAUUAGAAUUGCUGCUAUUCUAAGGCAAUCAAUUAGUCCAAGAAAGCUUUACUUCCUUCUUGGGUACACUGAGGAAUUGUUAAGUUUUUGGUUGCAAUGUCCAGUCAAAUUAGAACUGCAAACUGUCACUGAUAAAAAUAGUGUUGUAUUUAAGUAUAUUUAAAUAAUUUUUAGAUUAGUAGGGGUAGAAUGUUGUUUUGUCACUUUAAUAAACAUAACAAAAUGAGUAA